AGUUCCGCUCUGGGAGAAGUGCAGCCUCAGCCCGAGGCAACUGAAAAUUUACGGAUACACUUCAUAACAACUCUGCCGGUUACAUCUCAUUUUACAUUGGCCUCGGUGUCUUCCAGCGAAGUCCACGGUCCUUCUUGCCUGAAAUAUUAGGGAGAUUUUCAAAGAGAGUGCGAGCUGAAAACCAUGAGUCACCUCAACCCAGGACUUAUUUCAGCCUACAACAGUCUGACAGACAAACAUCUCGCUGGAUACUUCAGCAGCACUCGGAUCAGGAGACACCUGCACAGAGCAGGACUGAUCACCAGGAGUGGGCGUAUUGUUCCAGACAAGGAGUACAGACACAAGCUAAUCCAGAGAGCUCACCAGAGACACGUUCGAGAAUGCCUGGCCCAGGCCAUUUUCCACAAGGUGCUGGAGAUGGAGCGUGUCCAUCAAAUAGAGAUCAAAAGGAAACUGGAGGAGUUUGCAAGGAGGGAAAGAGUGCAUAAGAUCAAGGUGGAGCGCUCUAAAAGGUAUGAAGAAGACAUCAUCCGCAUCCUGUCUCCACACCCACCCACGGGUGCCAGGACCAUCCAAAAACAGCACUCUGGGCCAGAGGGGGAGCACUCUGAAUCCUCCGAGUCUCCGGGCUCGUCUCGACCCAACACGGCUCCAGGAAAGAUGCAGAGGCCAGUGCGUCUGAAGCCGAUCCACAGUAACAGCACCACAGCUUCGCUCAGACGCAGCUCCCCUUACAGACUCCCCGAGUCCUCCAAUGAGAACGACCAGCCAUUCAACUGCACUAUGGACAAGGAGUCCCAGAGACGUUUGACUACAAUGGAGGCCUCCCUUGGCAUCUCACCCUACUGCCUCCCAGUCAUCAACAACUUUGUCACCCCAGUACCUCCAGCCACAAAGAGGAAAGAGAGGGGGGCAAAGGUUACUCCCAGUGGCACGCUCAGAGGCCGCAGACUGCGUCCUACCACCGCCUCCAGUGGAGCUGAUGUCACUGAGGACCCCCCCGUGCUGAGGAGCUCUGUGCACCAGAGCAGAGUGUCUGUGAACAUGAUGUACUUUGGCAAAACAGUGCAUCUCUCCCACGACCUGAUCGACAUGAGGGAUGAGGUCAAAGUGUUUCAGCAACACUGUGGAGGAGAGAACCUGUGUGUCUACAAGGGCUUGCUCCGCGAGGGAGAGACUUUCCAGUUCAUUUCAAGGCGACACCGAGGUUUCCCCUUCAGCUUGACCUUCUUCCUGAACGGGCUGCAGGUGGAGCGGCUGAGCUCCUGCUGCGAGUUCAAACACAGGAAGGGUUCCAGACUCGGCGGCAGGCACAGACACUUUGGUUUCUCCAGCGUAGAGGGGGCCUCUCCCUGCUACAAGUGCAUCAUAGCAAUGGGAUUGGACAAAAAGCCCACUCCGCCACCAAAGAGGGUCAAAGAUGAUGGAGGAAGAGAGGAGCCAGUCAUCAGCCCAAAGGAUGCUUCUGAGAUGGAGACAGAACGGACUCAAGAGGACACUUCGUCCCAUUCAGAGUGUGAAACCAGCCAACCACAGGACAUGGAGACUCAAGUCAAAGAAGAAACAGCAGCUGAGGAGGACAAAGUCAGAGACGAUUAUGAAGAAGACUUUGAAGCAGACGAUGAGGGCUCUGCAGAAGAUGCCAAGGCAAAAGAAAAGAAAUCCCCAUCUCCAUCCGGUGAAACUGAAAGGCAGUUUAAAAAGAAAGACGCCUCGGAGACUGAAGACGACGAGAAGGAUGAAGACAUAAAGUCUCAUUCAGGCUUCAGCUCCUCAGGCAGCGAUCGGGAGGAGAGUGAUGCUGAAGCCACCAAAGACUCCAGAGAGGACGAGAAAGAAGAGCAACCUAAAGAGGUCGAUCAAGCGGAAACUGCUGUUCCAACAGACGAAAAAGAUGAACCAAAUCCAGAAGAAGCCGCUGCCACUGAGUCUGCUGUGCCUAAAGACUCAGACAUACAGAACAGUGCGGGGGACAGCACAGAGAUAGACAUCUCUGACACCGGUGUCCCCUCGGGGAAUGUGAAUAAACAGAGUGACGACACCUCAGGAGACAAAGAGGUGGAGAAAACGGUAGAUGAGAGCAAACAGGAGGAGGAACAGGAGAGGGCCAAAUCUGUGCAGGAGAGGCUGGCAGAGGCCAUACUGAAGGAGUCCCAGUGCAGCUCUGAGCCCGAACUGCACGACGCCAGUUCUGAGGAGGAGGAGGAGGAGUCCACAGAUAAAGGCCCUGAACAGGACAACAAGGAUGCAGUUCUAGAGAAAUCAGUGACAUUUACAGAACAGCAGCAGACCCUUGUAGAAGAGACGAAGUGUGAAGAAGGUGUUGUUGGUGAAGUUGAAGUGGUACAGGAUCAGGAAGAGAUGUCUGAACCAAAAGAGCAGGGGGACGAAACUGAAGAGCCCCACGAGAACAGUGAUAGUACUAAAGAUGAGAAAAUAGAUGAGGAAGAUGAAAAGGCUGCAUCAAUAGAAGACAAAAACACAGCAGAGAAUGAUAAAUCAGAGGACACAGAAGAUACAGGUCUGCAUCCUGUAUCUGAAGAGGAAAUGGCUGAGGAUGACAAGACUUCAGAGCCUCAAGAAGAUGCAGCAGCUAAAUCCACUGAUGCUAAGGCUGCAGUGAGAGACGAAGAAAAUAAGGAGAAAACUGCAGUGGAGGCUGACACGCAGCCUGACAAGAUGGGGCAAGGGGCAAAAAGCAGCGAGGAGGAUGAGUCAUCAGUAUCAGAACCAAAUAAAAAGACUGGCGAGACAGCAGUGCCAGAUAAUGCAGAGGCGGAGGCAAUGACAGCGAGCGAGACAAUGGAGAUGAAAGUAGAACCCUCAGAGAAGCGAGAGGCCUUCAAAUGUGAAGAGGCACCUGUAACCGACACAGAGAAGAGGCAGAACGGAGACAGCGAAGACAGAGCGGCAGCAUCACAAACAGCAGAGAAUUCAAGCAGCUCGUUGGAGGGGAGCGGAGACACCACAGUAGAUACAAGUGAAGACAAUGCAAAAAAUAAGUGCAAUAAAGAUGAUAUUAAAGAAGAGGAAGCAGAGGAAGUUUCCGCAGUAGAGGCUAGUAAGGAUGACAAUCAACAAGAAAUGUGUGAUAUGGGAGAAGAGCAGACAGAAAAAUCUGUGGAAAUAGAUGAUAAGUUAGAGGAGAAAUCUGAAGAGGUAGGUAAGGAGGUAGGAAAGCAAACAAAUCCAGAUGACAUAACAGAAGGUGACAAUAAUGAGGAAAGAGAAAGGGAUGCUAAAUAUAAGACAGGAGAAGAGGAGAAUAAUGAGAAUAAGACAGAAGAGAGAAUAGAAAAUGAGGAAAACAUUUCAGAGUGGACCAAAAGUGACUCAAACUCUGAAGGAAAGGAAAAUGAAGAACAAGUGGAGAAAACCCACAGUGAAGAAGAUAAAGUUGCAAAUGAAGAGAAGGAAGAUGAAUCAGAAAAGACAGAAAAAGACAAAGAUAGUGAACGUGUCAAGAAUGAAAAUGACGAGGAAGAAUCUGAAGAAAAUGGAGCCACAUCUGAUAAAACUAAUGAGGGUGAAAAGAUAAAUGAAACAAACACAGCUGCUGAUGAAGAAAAGGAUGUUGAAGCAGAAAAGGAAGAGAAAGAUCAGAAUGAGAACAAAGCUGAGCAAAGUGAAGCUGCAAAGAAUAAAGAUGAUGAAGAAUCUGAAGAGAAAAAAGUUGUAACUGUAGAGGGAGAAGAAAUAUCUGAGAUUACAGAAGAACCUGAGAAAAAUGCAGAUGCAGACUUGGAUAAAGAUAAUGUGAAAAUAUCUGAUGAAAAUAUUGAUGAGUCAGAGGAUGUCAGUGAUAGUGAAGCAGCAAAUGUAGCACAUGGGACUAAAACAACUGAAGAGAUGCUGAACAAUGCAAUGGAGGCUGAAGAUGUUAAGAAAGAGACUGAAAGACAAAGUGACAACAGCGAAAAGGGAGAAAUUGAUGCUGAAAAUGGAGAGUUUUCUACUGGAGCAGAGAACAGAACUCAUGAGGAUAAGGGAGAGGCUCAAACUGAGGGCAAAAAUGACGUGAAAAUAGCAGAAGAUACCGAAGACAAGAGAAAAACAGAGGAACCUACAGAAGACGAGAGCACAGAGGGAAAAGAAGUAACUGUGGAUUCUGGAGAUGGUGCUGAAAAACACGAAGAGGACAAGGUUGAUCAGGCUCCUGACACUCAUGUGGUAGAAAGUGAGGCUAAGGAAGGGGAUGACAGUGUGGAAAAGCAAGAUGAAUCUACUAAAACUGACUCCGAGCCAGAGACAUCUGAUGUGGAAAUAAAAUCUAAAUCAGAUGAUAGAAAGGUCGGUGAGGAGACAAAACAAGAUGAAAAUGGCAACAUGUCUGACCCUGAUCAUGAAAACAGCGAUUCAGAUUUGACCAAAAAGAACGAUAACGUCCAGAGUAAUGUCAACGCGGUGAUAGCUGCUUCUUCGGGUGAUCAGGCACAAUCUUCAACGCCCAUAGUGGUGGACUUAGAAAGCAUAGGUCACAAGUUAGACGAGUCCACUGCACCGUCUGACUCUAAGACUGACGAACACCCCCACACUGAUGCUACUGCCGCUGACCUCUCUGCUGCAGACGAAGAAAACGAAGCAGACACAGAGGAGGUGAGCAAGGCCUCGGAGGAAGGAGCAAGUGUGCUGCUCAAACCUCAAGCACAGUCAUCACAGCUGACACAAAACAGUGAGGCUGAUAACACGGAAGGGACCAUUGCAGCCAUUGCAGUAGGUAAAGAAACUCCAGAAGCCUUAGCAAGAGAGGACAACACGGAUCUGGUCACAAACUGGGUAACCACACAUCAAACAUCAAAGUUCUUUGAGACGUUUGUUGAACCUUUAGAAGACUUGAAGGAAUUGCCUUCAGCCGCUCAAGUAACCAACUCUAGUAAAGAGGCGACACAAUCUAUAGAGCUGCCGGGAUCAGCAAGUCCACUAAACAUGGUGAACAUGUGUGAGAGUGCAGAACAAGAGCAAACGCCAAAAGAUGGAAACGAGUCAAGGGACAAAACCAAAGAGGAAGCUGUAGAGUCAGACCUUGAGAGCAAUCACUCUGAUGAUGAUGAACCUUGUGAGAAUGACUCUGCCAAAGACACACUGCAAGUGGAGGAGGAGACUGAGGUAAAAGACUUCAGACCAAAAACAGAAAGUGAACAGAAUGAUAUAGAGUCUGUGAAUGAGCAAGACGUGAGGUCAGAAGAGCACAGAGGAAGCAGGGGAUCUCUGGAAGAAGACACAGUUCAAGAGGGUUUAAUGCAGGAUAACACUGAGCAAACUGAUGUUUCCAAAACUGAAGUGGAAAGCAUUGCAGGUACUCAUCAUUCAGUAACCAGUGGCAGACCUGAGAGCAUCUGUGAGAGCCAAACUGAGGAGAAAACUACUGAUAAUGGUCCAGACUUGAAUGAAAAACAAGCAGCAAUUGAAGAGAUGAAAGUUGUUCUACCUUCAUCCAAAACAGAGGAGCACCGUGAGCAUUCAGCGAGUCCAGAAGGGCUCUCCGAACUGAAAGCAAAUGAACUGAAAGAUAAAGAAGAAACACGGGAACAAAGUCAAGAAGUUACAGAAAUAACUGAUUUUACAGCAUCCAAGUCAGAAGAUGGAAGCCAGGAAGAGUUCCAACCCAAACCGUCAGACGCGAGCAUCAAUGAAGACAGAAGAGACGUGCAGCUGAUCAAAGACAUCACACACACUCUCAGUAAAGACCGGCUGAGCACUUUCUCAGUGGAUGAAACCUUGUUUGGUCGAAGUUCAUAUCCUUUGCUGACUACUACGAGGACAGAGAGUGGACAUUAGAGCUGCACACUUCAGAGUGGCACCAAGGUACAGUGAUGCUUUACUUGCUUUUUUCAUUUUACAAGAAAACAUAUAUAAAAGAAGUUCAAUUAUAAAAGUGAACAUUUAAAAAGCAAUUAGACUGUCAGAUGGCUAGAAUAUUUGUAGCGAUCAGGAAAUGUAAUUUGAUUUUAUACUUGACAGAGGCCUCAAGUGUCUUGUGGCUUCUGUGUUUACAUUACAGUGACUUCUUAGAUAGUCUUCAUUCUUCAAUCACCAAAAAGAAGACGCUGCAUAAUGAGUUUACAAUAGACCAUCUCUUCUUAUUGUUGAUAACAAAGAGGCAUAGUUUGUGUGAGGUAUCAAGUACAGCUGCUAUCACCUAAUACCUGUAAAGAGAUACUCUUCCACUCACACUCACAAAUGAGUGAAUAAUUUAUAGCUGUUGGACUCCCACAGCUUAUUCAGUACACUUUACAUUUCCACUGACUGGGCACAAGCACAAUGUUACUGUACUUCAGCUGUGAUCAGAGAUCUGCAGUUGCACUGUGUCUGUGUUAAUGACAAUUGUACUAAGUGCUUUAACAUAAUUAUUUGUUUAGAUGACUUCUAGACAAAAAUGCAGCGGAAUAACAGGAAUGCUAACCGAAGCUAAAAUGGAAAAUUCAUUCAUCAUUAGGCUGCUAAUUAAAUAAAACUGGUAACAUUGUGAAAUGUCAAAUCUAGGCACUGAUUUGUGUCAGUAUUGCUGCUAACACUACCUCUUAUUCAAAAACAUGUAUUUACUUAUAUAUUUAUUUGUAUUGCAUUUUCACCUGACUUUUAUGGCUAGUGUGGGUUUGUGAGGCUUCAUCUUUUCAUUUGAUAAUUGUCAAUGACUGAACCCUUGUGUGAUUUGGCCACUUAGAAAAUAAAACCAGUGAGAUGGAUAGUGA